AAUCAAUAAUUAUCCUAAUCAAUAAUUUUUGAAUGAGUAAACUUAUUUUGAUUGACAUGAAAAACUACCAACUAUAGCCUAUCUAAAAUUUUGUUAAUGAGUGGUCUAUCUGUUCUAACAGAAGAUGAAAUUGAAACAGAAGAAUUGGAUCCUAGAAUACCUAUCGAACUCGAAAGGCUUAAUAAUCUCAGCACUGAAAUAAACGAGCUUGAGAAGAGGACUGAUGAAGCCAACGAAACUUUUCGCGCCAUUCUCUCCCAAUCAGCUGUUCAAUUACGGUUGCUGGCCGCCGAAACAGGACCCAAAAGUAUCGAUAAAGCUCGCCCUUACUACGAAGCUCUUCAAAAAGCGCGUGAAGCUCAGAAACGCACACAAUUAGCUGCCUUAGAAUUCCAAAGGGCGAAUGGGAUUCACGCAGCAGCAAAAGAAACUAUCCGAUUGGCCGAAGCAAAAUUUGGCGAAUGUCAAGACUCUCGUUUUGAUGCCGCCUGGCAGGAAAUGCUUAACCACGCCACCGUCAAGGUAAACGAAUCAGAAGCUCAUAAAUUGGAGAGUGAGCAGAGACAUAAAAGCACGGCAUUAGAAUUUAGCCGCAUUGACAGAUUGGUGACAUUCUUCGAAAACACAUUAGGCCGUUCUCUCCUGACUAAAACCCUCCCUUAUUUCGAGGUCAAAGACAAAUACAACAAUCUUCUAGAAUUACAAAAGGACAGAAUCCUGACUCUUCAGAGAGAAGUAGCACUAAGAAAAGAAACCUACCGUGGGAGUCUUAAAACUCUUGAAAAUAUUUCGGAGGAAAUUCACCAGAAACGAAUAUCUGCCGAAUCAGUCAAGAAUGGCAACCAAGUUAUAACUUCUUAUCCCAUAAAAUUGGACGAGGAGGUCUACAUCGCCCAAACUCAUCAUUAUCCACUCUUACAAGACUGCAGCCAAGAAAUUAACAACGCUAAUUUUCCUGCUCGUUAUAACACAGACGACAGGGGAAGGUUUAAAAAACUCGCCAAAAGGUCGUCUUUGGAGGAAUUGGAUCGUCAAAUCGAGAAAGCCGCCAAUUCUUCCAUUAUUGUUUCAUAUGAAGAAUCAAGUCAAGAAAAUCCAAUAACUAGACCCAGAAGCAAUUCUCAUAGUUCAAAAUUGAUGAUGCUUAAGCACGGUAAAACUCUUAAGGAACACGAGAUGGAAAGUCUAAUUGAAAAUAUCGAAAAUAUAAGUUUAUCGGAAUUGGAAGAAAAAGCAGAAACAACAAAAUCGGAUACCAAGAUGGUGAAGGAUUUAUCGGGAAAAGAGGGCAAUCAAACUAUCAAUAAGAACGAAUUAAUUAUCUCACCUUCUAAUCUGUAUCUCGAUUUUAGUUCCACGAAUUAUGAAGAUUAAUAUUUUAUUUUUGAAUAAAUAAAAUUUCUCUCUUGUU